UAUUUCUCUGAGGAUAAAAUUAAUAAUAAUUACUGAACAGCUUUAUAAGUUAAAUUUAGUAGAAACCAUGUGUAAUGGUAUGUUCACACCAAAAGUUCAUGUGCUUAUUUUGCCUUGUACCUCUUAUCAGGUCUCUUCCAUGGGUGACAGGGGAACAACCAAUCACUCAGAAAUGACUGACUUCAUUCUUGUAGGCUUCAGGGUGCGCCCUGAGCUCCAUCUUCUCCUCUUCCUGCUAUUUCUGCUUGUGUAUGCCAUGAUCCUUCUGGGGAAUGUUGGGAUGAUGAGCAUUAUUAUGACUGACCCCCGACUGAACACACCAAUGUAUUUCUUCCUAGGCAAUCUGUCCUUUGUUGAUCUCUCUUAUUCAUCAGUCAUUGCACCCAAGGCUAUGAGCAACUUCUGGUCUGAGAACAAGGCCAUCUCCUUUGCAGGCUGUGUGGCCCAGUUCUUUCUCUUUGCACUCUUCAUUGUCACUGAGGGGUUUCUCCUGGCAGCCAUGGCUUAUGACCGCUUCAUUGCCAUCUGCAACCCACUCCUCUAUCCGGUUCAGAUGUCAACAAGUCUCUGCACUCAGCUGGUGGUGUGUUCCUACUUUUGUGGUUGUAUCAGCUCAGUUCUUCAGACUAGCAUGACAUUUACUCUAUCCUUUUGUGCUUCUCGGGCCAUUGACCAUUUUUACUGUGAUGUUCGACCACUUGAGAGAUUAUCAUGUUCUGACUUGUUCAUCCAUAAAAUGGUAUCUUUUUCCUUAUCCAGCAUCAUUAUUUUGCCUACCAUCAUAGUCAUUGUUAUUUCUUACGUGUAUAUUGUGUCCACAGUUCUAAAGAUACACUGCACAGAGGGACGAAAGAAGGCCUUCUCCACUUGUAGCUCGCACCUGGGAGUAGUUGGUGUUCUGUAUGGUGCUGUCUUUUUCAUGUAUCUCACUCCUGACAGAUUUCCUGAACUGAGUAAAGUAGCCUCCUUAUGUUACACCCUCAUCACACCUAUGCUGAAUCCUUUGAUUUACUCUCUGCGGAACAAUGAUGUAAAAGAGGCUCUAAAAAAACUUUUAGAGAAGAAAAAGAUUAUUCUUUAAUUAUAAA